CUGACAGCGAGGGAUAUACUGACAUAUUCUUGAAGAUAUUUUUCAUAAUGUUAGACAAAGAGAAUUUAUCUUCAAUAAAAAUGUACUUUUCGUGAUGCAAAGUCAGUGGCUUUUUCAAUAUUCUAAUAAACUCACGAAGAUUGGAGAUGAGUGAAGGUCGGUAGCGGCGCUUUGUUUGUAAUUGUUUUCAAAAAUCCGUUUUGAUGUUGUAUCAUUUCAGUCGCGUAACUCUGCGUAUUCACUCAUGUCAAACUAUUUCACCGUUGCAUUUCAAAAUUUUGUAAUAGAUGUAUGAACCCGGGACUUUGUACAAAUCUCCUUCUUUCUUUUUAUGCACAAAUUUUGUCGGAGGAUCAGUCAUUUUCAAUGAAUGCUGACAUUUUUGUAAGAUAAACAUGAAGUUCAUUCCUUCAAAAAUGCUUGUGAUCCGAAAGGCAAAUUCCAUAUUUAUUUCGGCUGUCGCGCUGCUGUUCAUCGCUUACUGGCUUCGUGAUAUUUUACGCAAUGACCUACCUCUUGAUAUAAGACAGGUAAUAAGCUCAUUAUCACAUGUGGAGUAUUCUCAUCGACCUCUUCCCCAAAGGAGUCCAGGACCUAAAGUUUUAGUUGGAUUUGGAGGAUGUGUAGACUUGAGAGUCCGCGCACUUUCUCUUUUUGAAAGGAUGAAGUUGUCUGGAUUCGCAAACAAAACUAAUGUCCCCACAACGCAUCAAAGAAUUGGUAGUAUACAGGAUUUUAUGGCUGAAUUUUACUCCUCUUUCAUUCUUGGUGCGGCUGUUGAGAGGGUGGUUCACAAUGUAACCUUGUUCAAAGAGAUGGUGAAUGAAGCUUCGGAGUUGAUACCUUUCGUUUUACGCAAAAAAUUACUUUCCCCAACUAUAACUGGGUCUCAUCAUUAUGGUUCUGAAAGUUUUGUUACUAGUGCACCUACAACUCAACCCGUUGCAUGGUGGAGUCUCGGUGGUAAUGCUCCAGUCAUGGCUAGCAGAUUGGCUCGCGAAGGUGCGCAGGUGGCUUUGGCUGCUCGGUUAUCUCAGAGGCAAAUAUCUCAUUUACCUUCAGGAGUAAAAGUUUUAAUGGCACCCCCGGAUUUUGGUUUACCUGAUAUUCCUGAAGAAGAUAUUCAUUUGGUUUUGGAAUAUGAGUCAGGAGACAAAUUAGAAGACUCAGUUGCACCACGUGCUAAUCGGUAUAUUCUUGUACAUGAUGUAGAGAAUCCUUUACUUAGUGGUUUAUGGCCUGGAUUACUUGAAACUUGGCAACGUCAUAAUUCUGAAUUUGUUGUUGAUGAGAAGGAGUCUACAACUACAAAAGAAGCACCAGCUAUACCUGAUUUGUUUGUAUUAGGUGGUUUACAAGUAAUGGACAAUAUCCUAUCAGUAGAAGAGACUAAAAUAAGGACGUCUCGGAUAAACGAAUUAAAUCGUUUCCUCAGUUCAUUACCAUCGGAAACAUUAAUUCACUUUGAAAUGGCCUCUUAUGUUAAUGAAGAUUUUACAAUGGAUAUAUUAAAAACUGUAUUACCCCAUUCGGAUUCAAUUGGUUUAAAUGAACAAGAAUUGCCAAAUCUUGUCAGUCUACUUUCAAAUAAUACUGUAACACAUAUUAGUACAGCAUAUCCUAGAGCAGCUAAUAUGUUAGAUAACAUGCGUUCUGUAUGGGCAUACAUGAAUGAUCCAAAUCUUCCACGUGUUAAUUCAGCUAGUGGACCAAAAUGGCGUCGAUUAUCUCGCCUACAUUUACAUUCAUUAGCUCAUCAAAUUAUAAUGGUUCGUCGUCAUUCAAAGGGUGGUGCUGUUGCUCGUGAACAAUUAAAAGCACAUCAAAGUUCUGGUAUUCUACCUCCGCGUCGUUCUGAUAUUGGUUUAGCAUGGCCGUUUACUAGAGCUGCUGUAGCUAAAGCGAGUCUUAUAGCCCAUCGUCAUACAUGCGCUGCAUCUUCCAUUGAUCCGGUAAAAACUCGUUUAUUAGUGGAUGACUCAUUUGCUGUCACCGCUGAUCCUAUCACUUGGAAAUCAGCCUUACAAAAUAAUAAUCAAAUUCCUCGUAUCAAAUUCAAUCAUUCUGAACCUGUUGCUUGUUGGACGGAACCUGAACCCCGGAUACAAUCUGAACAUAAUCAGUCAGAUCUAGAGAAUUCGAUUAGAGAACUUCCAUUCGAUACACAAAUUGAAAUUUGCAUAGCUCCUGUUCUUGUUUGCUCACAAGUUAAACAGACAGCUGGUGCUGGGGAUAAUAUUUCAGCUGCAGCGCUUAGAACUCAAAUUGUAUCUCGUUCAUAAAUUUUAUAGACAUUUUUGGUGUAUAUUUUAAUCCAUAUUUUAGGUAAUUGCUAAGAUUAUUUUGCUUUUCUUUUAAAUUUUGACCAGAAAUGAUAUUUUGUUUAACCUAUUUGAACUUGUGAAUUAAAUUAUCUGUAUAACUCUACAAAUGGGGUGUGAUAAAUUGCAUUUUUUUCAUUCUCUUGACUUUUUUUUUCCACUUUACAUAACUAAUUUAACCGUUAUUAAAAUUGCUGAGAACUUAAAUUUCGUAUAAAUCUUAUGAUCAUUUACUUUAAAUGUGUAUUACGACCUAGAGUGAAAAGUAGCUCAGCGUUUUUUAUCUACUAAUUAGCUGACGAACAUAGUUACAUUUUUCUAGAGACUUAAUUUUCAGGGAAUUGAUUUGUUUCAAGUUUUAUCGAGGAUUGAUAUCGUUUAAAGAACCAUUGAAAACCAGGGA